AUGCUUACAGUUGACAUGCACACGGAGGACUCUACGAUUCCGCUGCCGAGUUCGUCACGGAGGCUCAGUCAGUCGUCAGGUAGGCCUUUUAUUGAUGAAUAAUGUCAUGUUUUGCAUCUUUCGGGAUUUGAAAAUGAGCAAAAACAAGCCCAAAACAAGCCUUUUGCUUGAAUUUUAAAAAUCAAAGUCAUUUUCUGAAACUGCGACUUUUGAUGACAAUUGGUACAGUAUAUGUAGAAAAGGAACGGCCUAACCCAAUUUGGUGUUACUUCUUUGCUGUGCCGUUUCCCGUUUGGCCGCUUUGUUGGGGUAUAUAAACAUAUCCCGAGGCAUUCUUUUCGACUUGGCCACCAAUGUUCGGUCGGCGUGCUGCCAGUAAUUCCCCGACUGUAAUUACAGAUUCCACCUACCGUCGCGACCCUUUCAACAAACCCGAGCAUGUCCACACACUGAAGGGUCGAGAGCUGUGUCUCUUUGUCCUGAUCUACGUAAUAGCUGUCAUCUUCAUCCUGGCCAUAUUCGAAAGUAUUAUGCCAGUUGUUUUUGCGAGGAAAUGGUUUUCUUACGGUAUGUUUUGGCACAUUUUAUUGAAUUGUACCUAAUUUGAUGUUGAAAUGUGGAUUGAUUUAAAUCAUUUAAAGUUCAUUUUUGAACUCUUUGCUGUAUUUUUGGACUGUUGCAUGAACAAUAUCAUGAAUAUUUAAACAACUUGUUUAUCCGAACCUUUAACGCCAGUUCGAAUACUACAUAGCUUAUUAUGCACGAUUUUAAAUAAACAAGUUUAGUAUGUUGUACAUGAGAUUAACUGUCUAGCCGUAAAUAAUCGCAAAUUCAAAGCUUGACUAGUUUCUGUUUGGUCCAAAAGUAUGUAGAAAGUCUAGCUAAAUUCAACAACCUUCCGUUUAUAACCCCACUGCAGCUUUAACUAAAUCUAUAAACCAAUAACACUAAAACAGCAUCUAAAAUUAGCGUGCGAGCCAUAUCAGUUCACUUUUUCAGAAAAUAUAAUAAUAUAGUGUACUUUUGCGUGAAAAUACCCCAGUCCCUCAGGCAUUGCGCUCACUUUUUCAAUAACAGUGGAUGUUAUUGGUAAAGUUAACUUUUUGUACAAACAAAUGUGCCUCCACAAAGGUCAUAACAAGGUAUCUUUUAGCUAUAUUCAGCUUUUCAAAUAAUAUGGCGAGUUACUAGAGUACGAUGACAAAAAAGUAACGUAAAUUCAAUUUAAAUCCUAUCUUUUUAACGAAGUUUAACUUCAUUUGCAUUUAAAAGACAGACAAUAUUGAGUGCAAACAUCUGAAACAUUAGCAUUUCUGAUUACUUUCAUAUAUUAACAUUGGUUUCAGGCAACAGCUCUGAAUCUAAUUACACUUCAAAUGCGGCAUGA